AUGGUACCGAAAAAGAAAUCAUCACCCAAGACAAACAUUCAGCAGACGGCAAACAAGAAUGCUAUCGAACAUGUCUAUGAUAUGGAUAGAAUUUCAGUUGAUAAGGUUUCGAUAUUUAGACAUUACAAUCCUAUUGAUGAAGUGAUAACCGAUUGGAAGUUCAUCCCAUCCUUAAAUAAUCUAGAAAAAUUAUUUUUAAAUGAAAAAUAUUUGAGCGAUUCUUCGCUUAUACCAGCCAUAUUGAUAGAAUCAUCAGUGAUUAUAUUUCUUACUACUAGAUCCGGUACAUCCAUUUUAAAGGCAUUACAUCAUAUAGUAUAUUUUAGUGAACCAAAGGAUCCUCUUCAGAAAUCAUUAAUAAAUCUUAAAAGAUGGUUAGAGAAAAAUAAAGAAAAUAAUAGAGGUUAUAUGAAUAUGAGAGAAGAUUGGACAAAUAAUCAACCAAUUUAUUUAUUUAGAUUAUUGAAAUUUUUGAUUUUAAAUAAGGAUACAUCUAUAGACGUAUCCCAAUAUAAUAACAGCUUGCAUAAAACAUCCUUAUCAUCAUUAAUUAAUUCACCAUCAAAUAGGGCUUCGUUUAUAUUAGAUGAAGACUAUAAUUUACUGUUGGAUUUCAUUAUAUUUUUCCAACCAUUAAUAGAUACAGUCCUUGAAUUAGCGUUAAGAUCAUUUUUAUUGAAUCUUGUUGUUGCAAAAUAUAAAAGGACAUAUGAAUUUAACGAUCGAUAUUUAUGGUAUUCGUUCGAUUGUGAAAAAUACUACUAUAACUCAGUACCUAUAAGUUAUGCUUAUCUGUCUACAAUGCCAUUAGCUCAUGAUGAGGUGGCUAAGAAAUUGCCAAAGGGAGGUGAUGAAGAUGAUGAUGAUGAAAUAGAUGGUGAAAAUUCAUUUUCAGAUCCAAACGAUAAAGAAAAUGUUUCUAAAUUGUUAGAAGGAGUGAUCUUUAAGAAACAACCUUUCGCUAGUGAUUCCAACAGUAUAGGAAAUUCUGUUAUACAAGCCCCAACGAACAAAGAUGAACUUUCAUUUACUUGGGAACUUGAUGCAUCUAAUAGAGUGUUGAAGAUACCUAAUAUGGUUUAUCAAACUGUUUCAAGACAUACCAUUAUUUCACAUCUAUUGAAACUUGAAACGCUUGACUCUCCUUUUUUACAAACCCAAUUCAAAGUUAUGUCUGGCUUAGUAGAUCCUCUAACUCAACCGCUCCCGAAUGAUACUCAGGUCAUAUCGAUAGAUCUGUUAUAUAAAAUGUUUAUUGGUUUGAUUGUGAAGCAUUAUCACGUAAAUGACCUGACUAUGGACGAGGGGUUUGAUUGGCGUUUCUUAGUGUGCUUCAAUAUGCAAAAGAUUAUAACACAGUCACUAAAGAGAUUAAACUGUGAUGAUUACGAGAGACUAGCAUCAAUUACCACCAAUUCUGAGGAACAUUGGAAAAAUAAUUUACAUAAGUGGUUACCAAAGGGACUAAAUACACAGGAUUUGGAGUUAAUAUAUAUGAUAAACAUUUUAGCCGUUUACACGAUAUAUUCUCUUUAUUCACAUUUACCCAUCCAGAUGAAUCCAUUUCUUUCUUCAUUGAUACAAUUAUGGAAAAAUCUGUCGUGCAUUGUAUUACUCGGUCUUGAAAUUGACCGAAUGGAAGAGGUCCAUGAAACUUUCGAAACCCCAUUAAUGGUUCGGGCAACUAUAAGAGGUUCGGCGGCUCUACGUGUAGUAGUUGCGACCAUAUUGAAUCAGCAUGUCGAGGCCAAUCAGCAUGAUUUCAAGCAUGAACCUUUUAACACAUUCAUGUCACCAUAUGGUAGAAAAUUAUGUCAGGGUUCUUUAUUGGCUGAUUUAAGAACUCAUUCGGCAGCGAUGUUUGCAUUGGGGUGUGGAAUUACAGAUAUUACUGAAUUGCUAGCUGAUUUACAGGCAGGCGACAGGUUUGACGAAGAUGUCAGGUAUAUGUUUGAAUAUGAAUAUGAUGAUUAUAAUGACAUAGAGUAUGAAGAAGAUGAAAAUGGAAUAACUGAAGAAAGUAACGAGAAAAUUAGAAGAAGGUGCCACUGUAUCUUCGAGGAUGAUAAGAUUGCACAAGAAUCUAGUAAUAUUGUAGAUGGUGUUGAUAUCCACGGUGUGCAAGACGGAGAUAUUCAACGGAAUGGGGGUGUGAAGGACGGUGAUGGUCAAUUAGCCUCAAGGAUUAAAUCUUCGUUCGAAUUUGACUAUAGUGGUAAAGACUGGAGGGAUGUCCCUCGUGGCUUUAAUUUUUAUUUUUCCCCAAAUUAUAGAUUUAUAAAAAAUCCUAAGUUAGAAGAUGUCUAUAAAUUAAUACUAAAGGCUACAUCUGAGAAAUUAAAAGAAGAGGAAGCAGUGACAUUAUUAGAAGCAGUUGCUUCCUGUGUUAAAAUUGAGCAAGAACAAAUAUUGAUUCAAAAUUCAGGUUUAGACGCUACUAGAAAAUCAGCCGAAGAUGAAGAUUACAGAUUAGUUACACCUGAUGAUAUAUAUGAAAUUUGGUGCGAGGAAUCUGCAUUUGAAAGAAUGCUGUACCAAAACCAACAACUUUCGUGGAGAUUGAUGGAUGAGAUGUUGAUGUGCAGUGGGUAUAGAAGGGUACUCAUUUGGUUUAUAACUCAUACUGAAAUUAAUCAUUCGCUGAUUCAUUAUAUCUUUGAACUAGCAAUGGGAUUAAGAGGUCAGAAAUUUGAUAUGAAUAUUGAUGAACAAGGGAAAAAAAAUAUUUUAUUAUCUAGUUUAAUGGUAAAUAAAGAAGAAAAGCCUGACCCCCAAGAUGUCUUUAAAUUUUCCAGACAAGGAAAUAUUAUAUUAUCUGAUAUUGAAAAUAAAAUGUUGCUACAAGAAUUUUUUACGAGUGCUGCGAUACAUUUUGCUACGUUGGAUGGUCAUAACCAGACAAAUUUGACUGCCGUCUCGUUAGAUGAUGAUUCAAAUCAUGUUGUUAAAGAAGGUGACAAUGUUUCUUUAUAUUCUAUUGGAUUAAUUAAAUUAAUUUGUUAUAUGGUUCAAACUUUAAUGAAGAGUAAUAAAUUUGAUUUUACCAAAUCUGAAUGUACUUUUGAAUUACAAACAUUACUGAUGAAUUGGAUUGGCAUAAUACCAGAAGCACAAGAAUUAUUUUUCAGCUUGAAGAGUGCAAUGGUUAAAGAUGAAGACGAAGAAGAGAUUACAGAAAAUACAGAAAAUGAAGAGAAGGAGAACAAUGGAGAACAAUUGUCAAUGACUAACAGAAACUCACGUAACUUAUCCAAUGGAUCAAUUUCAUUGAAUACAACGGUAGGUGAAGAACAACCAAUUUCCAAGUACAAUGAUAUGCUAUUGAAAUUAUUACCUGUUAAAAGUGAUGGUGAUGGACUCGACUAUGAGACUAAUGUUGCUGUUGAUACAUUAACCAUGUUUCUCCAUAAACAUUCGUUGUCACAUAAAGUACCAAUCAUUGGUAGAAAAAGUCUUCAUUAUGCAGACGAUAUCUUACCAUUGCCAGAAGCUGAUAAGCCAUUAGGGAUAUCAAUGAUAUUUUCGGAAGAGAAUGAUAACAUGGGCUAUAUGAGUCCACAUGAGUGGUAA